CCGAAACUUGAAAUCCGCGAACAUAACCUCGCCGCUCUUCAGUGUUCUGAACACCUGUGCACGAAUCCCCGCAGAAAAGAUAUAAACGCUCUCGAUCAGUGCUUCCGUCCAUACAUCGCUCCAAGAUGGGAGAAUCAAGACAAGAGUUGGUUGCAUGGCUCAACAACCUGCUCCAACUAAAUAUAACCAAGGUUGAGCAAUGCGGAACUGGUGCGGCUCUCUGCCAGGUCUUCGACAGCAUUUACCUUGAUGUCCCGAUGGCCCGAGUCAAAUUUAAUGUCAAUACCGAAUACGCAUACCUGCAGAAUUUUAAGAUCCUGCAAACCUGCUUCACACGCCAUGGCAUCGAUCGACCGGUUAAUGUUGAGCAACUCAUCAAGUGUAAGAUGCAAGACAACCUCGAAUUCCUUCAAUGGAGCAAGCGGUAUUGGGACCAAUACUUCCCGGGCGGCGAUUAUGAUGCAGUUGCUCGACGACGGGGUUCCGGCGCUCCUCCCCCAGCAUCGAACAUGGCACCAAGGACAUCUGCCGGUGCAGCUAGAAGAGGCACGACACCUACAACCGGUGGAAGAGUCUCAAAAGCGGGAGUUGGUGGUGGUCCAGCGUCUGCAGCUCUACAACAAGAGAACAACACACUAAAGGAGACAGUACAAGGGCUUGAGCGCGAGCGAGAUUUCUACUUCAGCAAGCUCCGCGACAUCGAGCUAUUGGUUCAACAAGCAUGCGAAGAAGACCCCGAGAUCGAGAAGCAGGAAGAUGGGUUGAUCAAGCACAUUCAGACAAUUCUGUACUCGACGGAGGACGGCUUCGAGAUCCCGGCCGAGGCUGAGGGUCUGGAUGACCAGGAGACAUUCUAGAUGGGCUUAUGAUGAUGACUUGAUGGAUCGAUGACUACCGCAGAGGAUGAUGACUCUUUGGUUUUUGGGAAUUAUACAAGCAUACGCCAGGCAUGAAUAAUGGACAGACAGAAACCCGACGAAUUCAUUUGGCGUGUCUUCAUAGGUAGCAAAUCUGGAAGCAAUAGAUUUCAGAUUCUCCUGACGAAUACAUUACAC